CCAAUACAGUAUAUCUGAAGUGUUGUUGAGUGUGUUACUUUUACAAUGUACCCAGUCCUAGGAGGACAGCUAUCCAUCUCAACAGGCAGGACAGCGAGACAGAAACUCAGAUGUCCCAAGAUGGCUCAGGACAGUCUAAUAGGAGUCUGGUAGGAGUCUAGUAGGAGUCUAAUAGGAGUCUAAUAGGAGUCUAGUAGGAGUCUAAUAGGAGUCUAGUAGGAGUCUAGAGUCUAGUAGGAGUCUAAUAGGAGUCUAAUAGGAGGCUCAUUGAGUACCAGAACUAUGAUAAAAUGUUAAUCUCAUGUGUCAAAUCAUUUCCACCUGUGUAUCAGGGCAACCAACAGGAUCCUAAAUCAGCUCAGAAUUUCAAACUACACGCUCAAAUUAAUAAACUAAAACAAAUAACCAGAAGGGGGACUCAAGCCCAAUAGGGGUUGGCCUUGAUGUUUAUAGGACCUAUUGAUCCCAGAGAAACAGUGAAAAAUUACCUGUUUAGAAUAGGGUGCCAUUUGGGACACAUGAGUGUACCAGACCUGGUAGUCUUUGGUGGGCAUAGUGCACACAGCAGUGUGAGAGCUGUGUUCCUGUAGAGCCACCAUGCUCCACUCUCCCUUCACGCCACUCAGAUGUCACAUUAAUCAUGCUGAUCGCCAGCUGCCUCUAGUGUAGUCUGACGUCCCAGGCGGCAUCACAAAUGGCACCCUAUUCCAUGACAGAGUGCACUACUUUUGACCAGAACCCUAAUGGGCCCUAGUGCACUACACAGGGGAUAGAGUGCCAUUUGGGAAAUAUCCCCAGUCUAUCUGUGCCAGUGGACCACAGGGAAUGGUGACAGGCAGCCAUGCUAAAAGUUCCCUUUCUAGCACUUUGUUGAAACAUCAUGUUUCACUUUAUUUAGUUACCGUAUAAUUUAGUGAGAACAGCUUUAUAGCUUUUGAUGUUGAUUCUGUCAAAGACAGAUAAUACUGGUAUCUACUGUUCUCCGUGACGGAAGGGAAGAUGAGGUGAUGAUUUGUGAAUGAUAAAGAGGAAAGACAGUCCCUUGUGUGAGGUAAAAGGACAUUGUCUGGAUCAUGGAGAUAGUAUUAGAACAUACUGAAAUAUCUCCAUGAUGUGGCUGGUCCCCUAUUUUCCCCCAUUCCCAGAUAUUCUGCUGACCAGUAAGGUGGUCAUCAGACCCUUAUAUAACCACUACCUUCACAUUAGUUUUCAUAGUCUGCUCCAUCACCCUGCCACUUGGCUGCUGCUGUGUGUUUGAUGCCCAAUCUACUCCAGGGCAUCCUCCCAAAUGGCAUCCUAUUCACUACAUAAUGCACUACUUCUAACCACUGCCCAUAGGGCUCUGGUCAAAGUAGUGGGGUGUAGAGGGAAUAGUGUGCUAUUUGGGACGUAACUCAGGAUUUCUCCUUUAGCACCUCUGCUCCUCUGUUUAACUACAUUCCUUGUACCUGCAAAGUCCAAAUGUGUUCAGUCACACUGACCUGCUACCAUUAGACCAUUCAUCAGUGUUCAACUGCCGAAACAUCAGAGGUGUUAGGGAGACAGCAUGGCCAUGGCGGUUUGGAGAGCUUCCAAUGACCCUGGCCCUAGCUGUGAGCUGAGAUUCCAUGGCUAGGCUAGAAGAAAUGGCUUUAUGAGUGCUGCAGAGAGACAUGGAUCAGAGUUGUUUAUAUGUGCCUAGGAAAUAUAUUCCUAGGCAAAUAAUAUGGCAAGAUGGUUGACUUACAUUGUAUAGAAUGCAAUUAUUAAUCUAUAGACCUUCAGUGCGAGCGUAGACUGUGGUACUAUUUUCUCAGACUUUUAGCGUGCUGUGGUUUGUCACCUAGUAACCAACACACUCCUCUGGCCAUCUCACUCUACCUUAUGACUAAGACAUAAGCUGAAUUUAAAGUAACUUUGGUGCAUAAAAGAAAAUGGACAAUGCCUGUCAACAUAACACUUUUACUUCCUGUUUUUUUGGACUGAGAUAAGGAUGCUCUUCAAGCUCUCAGUGCCCAAGUGGUCAGGGAACCUACAGUGGAGGGUGGUACGUUGAACCCUGGCAACGAAAAGUUGAUUGGCACGGCAUGACCCAGGGGUGUACAACAUGUGUAGUGUGUACACUGUUUCCACUAUAGGGUGAUACCAGUGCCGUCUUUGUUGAUGACAGUUAGAGUUAGGUGACCGCAACAAGACUGAAAUCUACUGCUGGCAAGCUCCCCCAAGGUCCCUCAACAAGUGUUGUCCCAGAGUCCGGACCCCUUAUGUCCUUCAUGUCCUAACAGGGGCAUAAUGUAGAAGUUUUGCAGGGAGAGGAUGUCACUGGGCAGUGACCCAAUAGAAAUCUGCGGUUAGUCCCUUGUGACAGGUUUCACACGUAGCUUGUGGCCAAGCCCACAAAUAACAGCCAGGCAUCUUGUUUGCUCUCAUUCUCCGGCUUGUUUCAGAUUACUCAGUGGGCCUUUUUGAAGUUGGCUGAUGGACAGGCAGGGUUUUCCCUUUCCUCUCCUGACAAAAAAAGAUUGGGUCAUCGUCAGUGCCAGUGUAACCCCAGAAUACGACGCAUAUUUAGUUCAGGAUUUGAUCCGGGACACAUAGAGAAACCUAUACACAAAGGUUCCAUGUUGAGGUAUCAUCUAAUUUCACAGCGAGGGUUGUCAUAGCGAUCCCUUGUUUUUGGUCACUGGGUCAGCUCUGCAACACUGUACUGUAUACAGUGACUGCCUUGCUUGAAUUGUAUUGGAAGAUGAAAGCAACCUAUAGCAUAGUAGUACUGAGGCCUUGUAACAAUUCACACAGAUCCGGUCCUCAACAAUCGCAGAAAGGAAAUGAACAUCGCCAGCUUUGGUGAAAGCAAACCAAUGACACUGGAGGUUGAACGCCUGUCUGAGACUUUGUUGUCCCGAACCUGCUGCUCUCACUCAGUAAGAGGUUUCACUAGUACGUUCCUAGCCUGCCAUGGACCAUUGAGCAAUAAAAAGCUCUGUAACUAAAUCCAGAGACUAAUCCAUCCUGGACAAUCACUGGCAGACCUUCUACACUACAUGACCAAAAGUAUGUGGACACCUGCUCGUCAAACAUCUCAUUCCAAAAUCAUGGGCAUUAAUAUGGAGUUGGUCCCUCCUUUCCUGCUAUAACAGCCUCCACUCUUCUGAGAAGGCUUUCCACUAGACGUUGGAACAUUUUUGCGGGGACUUGCUUUCAUUCACCCUCAAGAGCAUUCGUGAGGUCGGGAACUGAUGUUGGAUGAUUAGGCCUGGCUCGCAGUAGGCGUUCCAAUUCAUCCCAAUUCAGGUGUUUGAUGGGGUUGAGGUCAGGGCCCUGUGCAGGCCAGUCAAGUUUUUCCACACCGAUCUCAACAAACCAUUUCUGUACGGACCUCGCUUUGUGCAUGGAGGCAUUGUCAUGCUGAAACAGGACAGGGCCUUCACCAAAUUGCUGCCACAAAGUUGAACGCACAGAAUUGUCUAGAAUGUCAUUGUAUGCUGUAGCAUUAAGAUUUCCCUUCAUUGGAACUAAAGGGCCUAGUCCGAACCAAGAAAAACAGCCCUAGACCAUUAUUGCUCAUCCAGCAAACUUUACAGCUGGCACUAUGCAUUCGGGCAGGUAGCGUUCUCCUGGUAUCCGCCAAACCCAGAUUCGCCCGACAGACUGCCAAAUGUUGAAGCGAGAUUCAUCAUUCCAAAGAACGUGUUUCCACUGCUCCAUAGUCCAUAGGCGGUAAGCUUUACACCACUCCAGCCGACGCUUGGCAUUGUGUAUUGUGAUCUUAGGCUUGUUUGUGGCUGCUCGGCCAUGGAAACCCAUUUUAUGAAGCUCUCGACGAACAGUUAUUGUGCUGACGUUGCUUCCAGAGGCAGUUUGGAGCUUGGUAAUGAAUGUUGCAACGAAGGCGAUUUUUACGCACUCUGCUGCUACAGCACUCGGCGGUCCCAAUCUGUGAGCUUGUGUGGCCUACCACUUCGCGGCUGAGCCGUUGUUGCUCCUAGACGUUUCCACUUCACAAUAAUAGCACUUACAGUUGACCGGGACAGCUCUAGCAGGGCAUCCUAUGACUGUGCCAGGUUGAAAGUCACGAGCUCUUCAGUAAGGCCAUUCUAUUACCAAUGUUUGUCUAUGGAGAUUGCAUGGCUGUGUGCUCAAUUGUAUACACCUGUCAGCAAUGGGUGUGGCUGAAAUAGUUGAAUCCACUCAUUUGAAGGGGUGUCCAAAUACGUUUGUAUAUAAGGUGUAUAUAGGUGUAUAUAUACUAUAUAUAUAUAUAUAUAGUAGCUGUGCAGAGCAAAGGCCCUGACUGUAGACUGUACCCAUGCAGCCCUGUUCUCAUGUCACAAGGCUGUCACAGUGUGGGUCCAGGAAGCCAUGGGGCACAGGAAUGGUGUGGGAAGACUGAAGCAAGUGAAUGUGUUUUAAUAGGCAUACCAGUGUUUAGGAUGGCCAAUGGUAUUUCCUUGAUGAUGCAGCAGUUGAAGGUGGUAUUGGCCUAUAAAAUAAAACAUUUGAGUAUGUAAUAUGGACUGAAGAUGGACUAUUGAAACACUUCAGAUAGAGUGACAAGAGAGGAGGUAGACAGUGAUUGACUUUGAAAGUGUUGUCUGGGGGUCAGACAUAUUUGUUGAAAUGAUCACUGUCUGAAUGUAUGAUUUGAGAGAUUAAUAAACAUAGCCUACUUGAUGACAAGACUGUAUUUGAAUUAUAACCAGAGGCAUUUACUUUAAUUGUCAAUUCUAAUUAUUUAAAAUGAGCCUAUAGUGGAUAAUAGUUGUCAAAUAUAAACUUGAAAUAUCUUUAUGAUUCUAAUCAUUCAAAAAGUAAGUUGUCCUUAUAGUUAAUGGAUUAGCCUAAAGACCUUACACGUUUAAUAACUAGACAUUCUCCAGCCUUUUAGCUGGUAGUUUGGAUAACCACACUUAUUUAUGAUAAAUGUGUAAGUCCACUAUUUUGUGCUCAUUCAUUGUGAAGGGAAACAUGGGCUACUGUCUACUACAGUAUGUUUGCAUACCACACUGAAUCUCUUCAAUCACUGACUUUCUUGGGUGUAGCCUAUGUUCUUUUUAAAUGUCAGCAAGGCAAUAUAAAUAGGACAAUAUUAAGUCUACCCCGCCAAAUGAUUGAUGAGAAGUGGAAUUCAGCAUCAGACGCACGUGGACAGCUCCUAGUUGCAAUGGUGCGCACUAAUCCUUCAUUGCUCACGAACACUCUGACUAUAUGGCUCGACGUUUCUUGCAAAGUUUUAUUUUGAUCACCCGUGAAGUGGCAGAGACCGAACUGCAUAUGAACCCAACACCCCAUGUUACAAUACUGCUUACUGAACCGCUCUACCCACCUGAUCCGUGAAACCACACCCAUAAUGGAAUAUACAAGGUCCAACGUGUCAAAGAGCCAAUCAACUCCGGCUCGGACUUCGUAACGUAUUCGCACAGUUCGGGAAGGAAGAACAUGAGCUAAGUGCACGCUACAUCUUUGAUGGGAUAGGCUAUUGCCCCUUUUCUGGGUUUGUUUUUCUCCUAGUAGCCUAAUAUAAUGCUAAGAAUAGAAGACAAUUCCUUGGAAUGAGAUGGAGAUGCACUUAUCGAAUGCAACCGGUAACAUUUGUUCGGAUUUAACACAAACUAGCCUAAUCGAAAUUUGAAAUAGGUGGCAUAUGGGUAGGCCUACUUUUGUCUUCUGAAAAGGGUAAGCUACAUUAUAAUUACGAUGAAAUGGCAACGAAAUACCAGCUUGAAAUACACUUGAGAAAAUGUGACAGUUUGACUGAAUAUAGCUUAUUCCAAAUAUCAAAACGUGUGCAUUUAAGAAAUGAUUGAAGACAUCGGUUGUCCUACCUUGACAUGAAGAGGAUUCACUUUUGAAUGAUAGAUCCACUUGUACCAGGAGAUAUGGCAUUCCAACCGUUUUUACCAAACACUGCUUCGGAUUUCACCCUCGACGCAAUAAUGGCCCGACAAUCUCCGUUUUUUCCUGCUAUUGCGUUAACUUCCCACGGGUCUCUUCACAUGCCUGUUGCGCAAAGGCAUCGCAUGCUGGAUCUGGUCAAUGCUGAAACGAUCCUCCGCAAAGCCUCGCUGGAACAGCAUAAUGCAACCCAGUCUGCCAAGCUCAGUCCUCCUAAAACGCUGGAGACGGAAGCCACGGAGGAUGAUCCAAAAGUUCACUUGGAGGCAAGGCACCUUUGGACACAAUUCCACAAAUCCGGCACUGAAAUGGUCAUAACAAAAUCAGGAAGGUAAAUGUUCUAAAAUAUCAUCAAUAACCAUAUCCUAUAAAGUUAUUCGUUUUUUUCAGCCUAUAUUCUAUACGUCUGUGAUUUAGAAUCGAUGUGUUUAACCUUUUCUCCAGGCGCAUGUUUCCACCGUUCAAAGCAAGAUGUACUGGCUUGAACCAAAGGGCAAAAUAUAUUUUGCUCGUGGACAUUGUUGCGGCCGACGACUUCAGGUACAAGUUUCACAACUCCCGUUGGAUGGUGUCAGGAAAGGCAGAUCCUGAAAUGCCAAAGAGGAUGUACAUACACCCAGACAGUCCCGCUUCUGGCGAGCAAUGGAUGUCAAAAGUGGUCAAUUUUCACAAAUUAAAAUUGACAAACAACAUCUCGGACAAGCAUGGGUUUACGAUUCUUAACUCAAUGCACAAAUACCAGCCCAGGUUUCACGUUGUGAGGGCCAAUGAUAUCCUCAAACUACCUUAUAGCACGUUCAGGACCUAUGUCUUUUCUGAGACAGAAUUCAUUGCUGUAACUGCAUAUCAAAACGAUAAGAUCACACAACUGAAAAUUGAUAACAAUCCUUUCGCCAAAGGAUUCCGUGACACUGGCAAUGGUAGAAGAGAAAAAAAGAAACAAUUGGGGAUAAAUAUACAAAAGUUCAGUGAAACCUCUGGUGACUCUUUGGAUGAGGCUCCCCUGAAAAGCGCAGGAAAUGCAACGUCAAUCGAGGGCUGCCAAAGUGACAACGAAAGCGGUCAAGAAAUCAAACAUUGGAAUAAUGUUGGACAAGACUUGCGAAAAACCUCAACCACCACAGAGGAACUGACACCUGAGCCAAAUGUCACCACAUUCCACGACAAAGCGGACAGGGCUUCAACGGACUCACUUAGGACCGAAACAGACUCAGAGGAUCCAAAAGAGGACCAUAUAAACUCCAUAACUGGUGGUAUGACACGUUGCUUUGGAGCAGAGGAUCCGAGGGCAACAGAACACUACCAGCCUUUAACCGUGGAAACGGACCAAAGUGCUCACAUCACAGGCCUAGGACGCAGCACUUUUUCACACUGCUAUUCUUAUCCACCGGAUUGGACAAGAUAUAUUCUCAACCCCUUGGGUGUCGCUCACCGUCUCCUACACAAUGCCCAAGUCAACAUGCAGGGAGAAACAUUAUCCAGUGUAGCAGCAACAGCAAUGGGGCACAUGCUGAUGGCCGUGUCAUCUGGCGGAGUGUGCUCCAUGGGCACGGCUGGUAUCCCAGUAUCUUCUGUACAAAGAGUGUCAGGAACGUCAGGAUUACCCUUGAACUUUCAGCAGCAUGCUAUGGCAUCGCAGGGCCUCACGGUUUCUCCUUUUGGUGCUAUUUUCCCCUAUCCCUACUCCCAUUUGGCCGCAACGGCUGCUCUCUCCACCACAGCAUCAACCCCAGUGCAUCGCCGCUCAGUAACCCCAGUGCAUCGCCGCCCAGUGCGCCCUCCUACCCGGUUCAGGCCAUACUUAAUUUCCAAUAGAGUAGGCCUACCAGACAACUGUUCAACGCCCCCGACAUCUAUUCGCCUUAUGACGGAUAGAGACGUGAAUUGUCACACUAUUGCAAAUAGUCCGAUUGCUGCUCCAUUGCACUGUAUGCCUAUGUCAGAGGUAAACAGCGUUUCCUCGCUACAGAGUUCUGGUGCGUCAGCGGCAAAACGUGUAUCCAGCAAGGAUUGCAUGGAUCAGCUUCAAUGUAUACAACAGUUGGUCAGAGGUAUUGACUCCUAUCAAGACAGAGACUCAUAUUCCUAGGUCAUAAAUCUAACAAACUGAUUACAAUUUAGAUUUUUUUUUUCAUAGCCUGAUGAAUGAAGAUUGAGAUGUUUGCUAUCAUACCAAACGGCAUUUUAACAUUUCUAAUGCGGAAUGUAUGCAUAAUAGAUAACAUUGUUUGCGUCCGUGAAUUAUGGUUGCGCUUGUGUGUUGAUGAUACUGUAAUUUGUUCACUAAUGGCACUGAAGUUUAUUUGCAAUAAAUCCCUAAUGUUUUUAUAUAUUACUUAGCCAUGCAACGAACCGCUAUAAACCACUGUAUUUUACAACCAAAGCACGUGUGUAGUUCAAAUAUGAUUUAUUUCGGGAUCUUGACAAAAUAGUUAAUAAGGACGUUUUGAAAAUUCGUUUUAAUUAACCAUUCUAUGGAGGAAUGUUUUUGCUGACUUGUUUGUUAAACAUUGAAAAGUCAAUGGCGUUGCUUCGGUCAGUUAAUCAAUAUCAUUUGCAGUUUCAGUAAGACAACAUAACUAUUUCAUGUCGUGGUGUGUGUUUUGUCCUCUUUUUAAAAAAACGUUAUUUUAUCUUUAAUCCCAGUGCCUUUUGCCUUUUGGUAGGCGUCAUUGUAAAUACGAAUUUGUUCUUAUUAACUGACUUGCCUAAAGGUCAAAUAAAAUAAAAAUGUAACUAUUUUUAUUUUCUGUAAUUAUGUGCAUGCGUUGUAGAUCAACAUAAAUUGUCACAAUAUUUUUUGCCUAUCAUUUAUUACAACCCAUUAUAUGCCUACAAAGCUCUUUGUUAUAACAUGUUUGUUCAUUUGAAAACUGCUCUUGAAUGCGUGAUAUCAACGCAACAAAAUAAUGUUAAACGAAAUAAAAGUAUACUGUUUUAA